AUUGGACUGAUGCAGAGGAUUUUAUGACAAAAGUCGCGGUAAAACAAGGUCGUCUUUUGAAGGGUGGAGAACCUGAUAUUACUGCCGUAGCAAAAGCUGUACUGAAUGAUUUUCAACGUGGUAAACUACCAUAUUUUGUCGUUCCACCUGGUUGUCAGGAGCGGGCUAAGAAGGAUUAUAAUGAGGCUCCCAUAACUGAAACAUGUGUGGAUGACACGGAUGUCGUAGUUGGAGCAGAUAGCGAAACUGGUGACGCGAAUGAGGACGACGGUGAAGGUAUUUCGAGUAAGCAAGAAGAUAGCAGUAACGUCGAGGAAAUGGAUGAGGACGACGACUUGACUGAUGUCGGUUCACUUUGUUCUGGUCUCAGCGAUCUCUCCGGGGUUAGUGAUCUGGAGGAGGAUCUUGAUGCCAUGCACUCCGACGAGGAAGAGAAGGAGGUGGGCUGGAAGAGGAAGAAAGCAGAGAAAAAUAUGUCGGAAACCGGAAAACGAGGUCGAGGAGUUCGUGCUGGCAAAAAACAUGCGAAAAAGCAGCGCUUGACUGGAAAGUCGAUAGUCCAAGCAGCGGGAGAAAUAUCGAAAUCAUCCGGAGUUGUUGACUUUGGCUCAAAGAAUUCUAAUGCAAAGAAGAGUAAUCAGUGGUGGCGAAAACUGCAGAAGAAGCAUAAAGUAAAACAUCAACAAUGACC